AUGGAAAGCAUGGAGGUCGAUGAUUACGAAUAUUUUGAAGUCGAAGAAGUUCGCGACAAACGAGUCGAUUCAAAAACAGAGAAGAAUGAAUACCUGAUCAAGUGGAAAGGAUACCCAGAACACGAAAAUACAUGGGAACCGGAAGAGAAUUUGCGAUGCUACACGAUGAUCGCUGAAUUCGAAGAAACGCAAUCAAAUAAACAAAUUCGCAGAUACAAAAAACCAGACAACCCUCAGGAUAAGGACGGCUUUGAUCUCAACUACACAGCGAAGCGGAUUAUGGGAGUGUCACAUGAUGACGAAGGCCGCAUUCUUUUUCUUAUCCGAUGGAUAACAGACAAGGGAGAGAAAGAAGUUUCUUUUGUCUACUCAAGCCGAGCGAAUGAUCACAUUCCAGGCAUUUUCGCUCUCGCGUACAUAAUCGACAGCCCUGUCCCUCAGAGACAGCCUGAGAGACAGCCUAAAAAGAAAAAGGAGAAAAAGAGCAAGAAAUCGUCGAAGAAAGCUGCAAAAAACGAAGAGCCCGCUGUUUCUCAGGAAAUGUACCAAGAUCCAGAAGUGCCCGUUCUAGAGCAAGCGCUCGAGGACCUCUUGGGCAACAACAACGAAAGCAGUGGGGAAAUGAGCUACUCUCACAGCGAAAUUCAGGAGUUUUAUAGACGUCUCGGCUGCGACUCUGCCAAAUUCAACAUUGCGCCUCAGCAAGUUCCGAGCGAAAACGCUUUUCACCAUGGAUAUGUACUUGGAUCGGCUGAUCAGCUAGCAGCGCAGUUGGAAGACAAUGAAAGUAUCGCGAGUGAGAUUUCUGAGGGCUUGGCGGAACUUCUCGGAGACUACGACGAUGAGCCGGUAAGAAGAGUGGUUGAAGAACCAAGAAAGCGCUCCUCUAAAAAGGGAAGCAAGAAGAAAAAGAAGCAGAAAGAAUUGCUGAUAACCGAUGAGCAGGAAAAAAUACUCGCUGAAAUUUUCGAUGACCAUUGCGCCCUCGACGAACCAAUUGAAGAGCCAAUUGAUGAAGAACACGAAGACAACGAGGAGUCUUUCGGCUGGAAUUUCUGCCGAUUUGAGCCCAAGCGCUGCAAUUCUCUGGGUGAAAUGCCCGCGAUAAAGCUUUUAUUCGCUUCUCAAAUUUCUCUGAAGCAAUUCCAGGCGAUCAAGGAUAAACUGCAAAAAGAAGCCAAUAUUCACGACGUGCAGGUUAUUGGCGAGUCAGAGUUGCACUUCUAUUACGAGAGCAUUUCUGACUGCUGGCGAGUGCUCCAAUGGAUCAAGCAACGGGGUGAGAAAGGCAAGGAUAUCAUCAAGCAUGUGAAAGUUAUCUCGACGGAAUUCGCCCCUGGAUCGAAAUGGAAAGGCGAUUUCGACAACUGCUUCUCCGUAAAGAUCCAAGUCAAAAACAUCCAACGAGUCAACAUCCAAAGCAUUCUGGUGCAAAUGAUCCGUUUCGGGAAAGUCGAGGACGUAUUGAUAGACGCGAGCCGUGGAGACUACUUCAUCGUCCGAUUCAAGGAGCAAAUCGCGGCGGAAAACGCGAUCGCUCAUCUUGACAGAGCGUAUUUGUUCGGCUCCUGGUGCAGAGCUCGAAAGUCGCAACCCAUCCCGAAGGAUGAUUUCAAGAAAAGCUCAAAAUACGACGUGAUCAAGGCGAAAUGGCACAAGAACGCAAAACUGAUCCGGCCAGACAUCUUCAUCACUUCGCAACCUUCCGAGGGGCACCCAGCUGCUCACAGCGAAGUUAUUUCUCGCGACUCGUGGAAGAAACUGCUCGCCAUCGCUACUGACUGUGGUCCACACGAUGAAACAAGUGGCUACGGAAAUAUUUGCAUUCUCUUUGGUGAUUCUGCGGGCGUGACGAUCGGCUUUAGCAGCCCAGAAGUUGCCGAAGAAUGCCUGGAAACUAUCCACACACGAAAAAUUCAUGGAAAGUCUGUCGUCGCUCGGCCAGCUACGAGUUACGUUCGACUGUAA